AUUUUGAGCUCCCAACCCACCUCGUUCCGAACUGCUCAUCCAUCCAAGACGAAGCAACAGGCAACAGGUAGCUAGAGCUAGCUAGCUGGGGGUAUCAAGCAAAGAUUCGAAUCCGGUAGGUGUCGGCAGUUGACCCAAUAGCCAAAGCAGUCUGCGCUUCCAGUUUAGGGCGCUUCCCAAGUGUGAACUGGGUGCGGUAGCUAUUGAAGAGAGUUGAGGCGAUAGACACUCCACCACCAAGAUUUGACCAGCGGAGUAACAUUCAUUUUUGUUUGAAAUUUGAGUUUUUACUGCACUCUUUUUGUUCUAACAAAGAGAGAGAGAGAGAGAUUUGGAAUCAGACUGUGUGUGAGAGAGAGAUAGAGAGAGAACGAGAGCAUGUACAAACCGAGUCCUGAGGCUUUGAAGAGCAUGAUGGUGGUCAAACCUCAAGGUGACGACUACGAAUCUCGUGAAGGAGGCACUUCCACUUCCCCCGGCUCCACAAGUCCCCAAAAGACACACAACAGUGGUUUUAAUAGCAAGCCAGCCUCCUCUUCCGACGAGGACGACAGUGGUCCACUACGACCUGGCCACCACAAUCCACAGACUCACAGUCAUGCCAUCAAAAGCAAAUCGACCAAUUCCACCACUUCACCUAGCAGCAGUUCGGCUGGUCCUGCUGGAUUGUUUGCCGAGAAGAAGGACUCCAAGCCCAUGCCCAUGAACCCACGUCGCACCAUUCCACUCCCUUCCUUUACCAAACGAGAAAAGAAACCACGCAGUGCCACCAUGUUACGGCGCACGGGAUCUCACACGUCUUCCUUUACAACGGAUGCGGCCAUGUCGGUGGAUCACUCGGGAACCGACACGGGCACCAACAAUUCCUACGAACCACUCGAAUCCUCCAUUGAAGAAGAGACGGCUCCAGAUACACCGGCGGCUCCCGUCUCCAAUGUCAUUGUCAAACCAACUCAACAGCAGCAACCACGAGCGGCCUCACCAUUUUCUCUUCUAUCGGAUGAUGUUUCUUCCGAGAUGAAUACUCCUCGUCAAGACGAAAUUCUCAAACAGCACCAAGAAAAAAUGGAAGAACUAGAAGCCAAAAUGCAGCUGCAAAUUCAAGAACAGCAGCGACAACAUGCCGAAAUUCAGCAAAAAUUAUUGCAGCAUCAACAAAUGCAAAUGAUUCGGGAAGUUCCAUCCAGUCAAAGCAUGGCGUCGCCGACACCGCCCUAUCCGCAACAGCCCCCAGUGGCGAGCGUCCCACAAUUGCAACUGCAACAGCCGACAUUAGCGGUGCCUCCAACUCAGCAGCAACAACAACAACCGUAUCUAGUACAGCAGCCACAGCCAGUCGUAGCACAGUCACAACAACAAAUAAUCAAUCCACAAGGGCAGCAUCCACCACCACCAAUGAAUCAACAAGGAAUGGCCAUUCCGAAUAGCGUGCAACAGCAGAUACCGCAUUUCUCGUCCAACAGCUCACAGCAAUCCGCGGCCAGCAGCAAUCAGUUCAACCACAUGACCGGACAACAGCAACAACCAGUAUCGAAUUUUGCUUCGUCUCAACAGCCGACAAUGCAGCAGCAGAAUCCGCAACAACAACCGCCAAACCAGGCUCAAUUUGUACCAGUGCAGCAGCAGCAACAACAUCAGAGGGCUCAGUUACAGCAGCAGAGACAGCAGAUGCAAAAUUUGAGAAACAAUUUCCAACAACAACAACAACCUGUUCCUUCCAAUACUACGGGGCAAGAUGCUAGCUCGCGUGCUGCCACUCCCAAAAUGAAGGGGGGAAUGCAUGUUUCCAGCAAACCAGGGACUCCGACCAUUCCGUCCGAGGGACCAACUGCUUUCAAUCCAUCCACGCAGCAAACUCGACCUCCAGUGUCUGGUGCAACGUCGCCCAAUCCAGCGGCGGUGCAGGUACCCAUGAUGCCACAACCGCAACAACAACAGUGGCCGGGACAUCAGCCGACAAAUGUCAUGCAGCAGCAGCACCCGCAGAAUGUGCAGCAACAUGCUCCACCACAAGUGCAACAACAAGCACGGGGUGUACCGGCCCCGCAAAAUCCUCAAUUUGGUGGCGCUCAGCAUCCCUCGGCUGCAAUGGCACGCAACCAAGUACAGCCUCAAACGGGUGGGCAGCAGCAGGGACCAGGAACAGUGCAGCGAAUGCCACCCCCACAGCCAGGUGCUCGACAGACGCCAACGCCUCAAGCAGCUCCACAGCAACAGCCAUGGAAUCAAAACUCUUCUGGCGUGCAGCAUCAAGGUAACAAUCCAGCGCCACGGCAACAAGCCUUCCCACAGCAGCAACCAAAUGUACCAAUGCAGCAGGCUAAUCAACAGCCGCCUCGCCAGAUCCAACAAGGACAACCUCCUGUGCAGCAGCCAAUUGCAAUGCAGCCUCAAGUACAAAAGCAACAGCAGCUCAACCAACAACAGCCGCGUCAACUGCAACACGGACAACCUCACGUGCAGCAGCAACAUCCUCGUCAGGCUCCAGUACAGCAAGGGCAACCGCCUGUGCAGCAUCGUCAGAUCCAACAGGGACAACCACCAGCGCAGCCGCCCAAUCAACAGCAGCCUCGUCAGGUCCAACAAGAACAAUUGCAAGUACAGCAACAACAACUGGCAGUUCAGCAUCCCAAUCAACAACAGCCUCGGCAGUUCCAACAAGGGCAGCUGUCAACGCAGAAUCCUUAUCAACAACAGCCUUCUCAGAUCCAACAAGGACAACAACCAGCUGCUCGGCUGUCCAAUCAACAACAACCUCAUCCAGUCCAACAGGGACAACCGCCAGUGCAGCAGCAAAUUAGACAGCCGCUUCCGGGGCAGCAACUACAGCAAGGAUCGCAGCCUCAUCAUCCGUCCCGGUCGAAUGAUCAAGCUUACCAGCAGGCUUUGGCGUCACUUUUGGGCCCGUCUCCUGGUCCAACUAACCCCACUUCGCCUUUGCCACCCAGAACACCGGAUCAUCAAGCAAGAACGCCGAAUCAAGCACAGUUUGACGCAAACCAGCAGAGGACGCGCCAACCGCAUCCACAGACAAGUCUUCUGACGCCAAUUCUUUCCCAUGAGAUGCCUCCUCAGCCUCGACAGCGUACUUCGAGCCAUGAUUCCCGUGCCAGCCAUUUCUCCGUCGCUUCCCAGCCACUGCCUCAAGUUACACCAGAACGGCAAAGGAUGAGGCAAGCAGGCUUUCCAGCACAGGUCAUGCAUCAGUAUUCAAUUCCGCAAACUCCCCCCUCCACGCACUCUCAAAGCCCCCAAGAAAGCGAAUCGCCGCAAUGGUUGACGGACCUGACGUCUCAAGCUUACAAUCAACGGCACCAACAAUCUCCAGUCCCAUACCAACAAGUGGCAAGUGUGGUUCCUGCGCAGACCGUGCCACGGGCAAUGCAGGGAGCACCGGGUCCUACAUCAAAUCAGCCUGUUGCCUCGACCCAGCCCGGAAAGAAUGAUCCGGUGUACACAAAGGCCUUGGCAGACCUUUGGUCCCAAGCUGAAACCAAUCACGAGGCGGUUGAUGCUUCCAAAGAAGUAUCCAUUCAACUCCCAGCUGAUUCGGAAAGAAGCAACAAGACAGGAUCUUCGAGACGUCUCAGCUUGGAUUCGGAAACUGAAAGAACCAAUCGCUCGAGGACGAGUAAUGCAUCUGCCGCAAGCAUUUUCAGUGCCGCAACUCUGCCUCUCACGAAUAUCCAGGCACGUGCUUCCCCUCAGCAACGGCCACAGGCUCAAGUAUUCAGUGGCACCACCUACCAACAAGCACAGAAUUCUGGGGCUCGUCAGUACGAGCAAAAUCUCCAACAACAAAUACAGACUGCUGCGGCUUACCAUCCCCAAAAUACUGCAACUCAUCAGUACCCACAAAAUCCCGCUUCUCAACAGCCUCCACAGAAUGCAGCCUAUCAUCAUCAUCCACAACAGACUGCGGCCGCUUACCAGCAACACCCGAACCCUGCAGCCGCGGGGCAUCUGCAAAAUCCAGCUACUCUACAGCAUCCACAGAAUGCCACCACUGAUUUUCAGCAUCCAGCCUAUCAGCAGCAGGCAGCUUCAUAUCAGCAAAAUGCCUCGAUGGCCCAGUAUCAACAGCAUCCGGUCGCACAGGGUCAGCAAAAUGGUCUUCCUUUGCAAAGGCAAAUUGUGUCUGAGAGCGUACGUAACGAAUUUGACGGCGAAGCGAUCCUAGGAUCCGGGGGAAACGUGCCUUGGGCUGCCAACGCUGAGCCAAGAGGAAAUGGAGCCGCUGCUCCCAACGACGGCAUAUAUGCAGUUGGGGCUGACUCAGCUACGAGGCCGAACCCUGCGCCAGCUCGACGAAGCAAACGCAACGAUGGAGGCCAUGAUCCCUCAAAAGGUUCUGGAGAUGUCGAAAGAGAAGAAGUCGCUCGAGCCAAGACGACAGACGAGGCAAAACAAACUCAGAAAGUGCAUGAAAAGGCUCGGGCGAACGAACCCGGUGCAACCGGGCAAACAAGAAAUACGAAGUCGGACGUCGAGAACAACCGAGCCAGUGCGCCUGCUGCAUCUGGGGACGCGGACCGCGAAAGCAAACCAUCGAGCUUGGGCGUGUACCUGGGGUGCUGCAUUUUGCUUUUACUGAUCGCUGGAGGUGCCACUGUUGCCGUCCUCUAUUUCACAACAGAUGUGUUCGGUACCAAGGAUGACAACCCAACGCAAGCACCGGUGCUACCACCCAGUGGACCAGUGGCAAGCGCGCCAACGACAUCUCCUUCCAGCGAGGCGACGCCAGAAUCAACGCCCGACGGAGCAGUCGCGACAACUUCAGAGCCCACGUUUGCACCUGCCUUGGAUUUGAUUCCGGAAAAUGCGACUGGAUUGCACGUGAUUUCGAACAUGUCGCAGGCACCCUCUUUCGUUGAGGGUGACUUGUGGGAAAUUGAUCUCCUAAUGACCGACUCUCCUUCGACUGGACUUGACGACGGUGACGCAGCAGGCAAUGUGACAUCAAAUACGGCAACGCCAACUUUUGCUACUACGAAUGCUACUACGAGCAGCCCUACGGGGUCCGCUGAAGACGUUGUUUCAGCGAAUCAAACUUUCGCGUGGGAAUUUCUUAAUCUAGAGGUGAUUGGAGAUGACCCAGGUGCAAGGACGGGUUCGUUUGUUGUCACGAACAGCAAUGGACGGGUCAUUGCCAUCGGCUCGGUGGGGCAGCCUCUUGUUGUCGUGUAUCGACUUUUGCAGGGUUCUUCUCUGCAACAGCUGGGUAGCCCGUUUCCUAUUGUGGAUGGCGCUGCACCGGUGUCCGCAGCGCUUAAUGGACAAGGUUCAAUCCUGGCUGUUGGAUACGACGAUGGCUCCGUUCUAGUUUAUCAGUACGUGGAGCUUGAUGGUGAAUGGGUAGCAAGGGGGGCGGCCGUCUUGCCAGAAGGGGGGCGUGUGAAUGCCUCUUCCGUGUCUGUAUCGCUAUCUUCAGGUGGUGUGAUCCUUGUUGUUGGUGUCUUGAGUGACUCGGGUACGCUGACGGUGCAGUCCUAUCUGUAUAGUCGAGGAGAGCAGAGCUGGGAUCCCGUUGGAGAUACGAUUUAUCGUCUGGAACGUCGUUCCGCCAGCGUGACGGUGUCCGCCAGUGGAUUUGUCAUGGCCUUCACCACCAUCAAGGAAAUCCAUACAGAGCAAUGGGGGUCUGUAGAAACUUUCGAGUUGGAUGUGUAUGGUGGUGCCAACACUACUACCAGAGGGUCGUUUACUUUGUUGGGUAUUUCGGACCUUGCAGUUUCGCUUUCCGUGAACGGCACGACAAUGGCUGUUGCCAAUGACAAAAGAUCCAGCGUCUAUGGCUACUCAGAGAGCCUCCAAUCCUGGCAAGUGCAACCCGGCGGCGACCGACUUGCCGGUGGUUCUGUUGUUUCGUUGGCUUUUGACUCUGAACUUGUGGCAAUUGGAGGAGGCGCCAGCGACAUAGUACACACCUACGAAAGAAUUGACAACUGGUGGAGAAUGCAUCCGUCGUCUUCUGGACGCAGGCUAAGCUUGUAUGGAACGGGACGAGACGGCUUUGGAUCAGCUUUGUCUCUAUCUGGCGACAGUAGCACACUCGUUGUUGGCGCCCCUUUAGAUGACGAGGGAGGUGACGAUGCCGGCAAAGUUUACUUCUACGGAGCAAGCGAACUCGACGAUGAUAACUAAAUAAAAUGUGACGAAGAUGUAGUUGACGUUAACAUCUCUGAUAGCUGUCACUAUCUAGCUAUAUGUGAAUUAUUGUAGC